AUGGCGCUGGAGUUCGACGCCACGAUCCUGAGCCGGGCGCCGGUGAUCCCGCCGCAGUUCGUGUGGCCCGCCGACGAGGCUUCCCCAGCCGCCGUGGGGGAGAUCGCCAUCCCGGUCAUCGACCUCGCCGCGUUCCUCUCCGGCUCCGGCGAUUUCAGCGGCGCAGAUCACUUUGCGGCGGCGUGCGAGCGGCACGGGUUCUUCCAGAUCGUGAACCACGGCGUCGACCCGGCGCUGCUGGCCGAGGCCUACCGCUCCAUGGACGCCUUCUACGCGCUGCCGCUCGCCGAGAAGCAGCGCGCCAAGCGGCGCCUCGGCGAGAACCACGGCUACGCCGGGAGCUUCACGGGGCGGUUCGAGAGCCGGCUGCCGUGGAAGGAGACCAUGUCCUUCAACUGCUCCGACGCGCCGGAGAACGCCAGCAAGGUCGUCGACUACUUCGUCUCCGUCCUCGGCGAGGAAUACCGCCAAAUGGGGGAGGUGUGGCAGGAGUACUGCGACGUGAUGACGCGGCUCGCGCUGGACGUGACGGACCUCCUGGCGGUGGGCCUGGGCCUGGGCCGUGGCGCGCUGCGGGGCUUCUUCGCGGGCGGGGACUCGGUCAUGCGCCUGAACAACUACCCGCCGUGCCGGCAGCCGCACCUGACGCUGGGCACGGGGCCCCACCGCGACCCGACGUCGCUGACGCUGCUCCACCAGGACCUCGUCGGCGGGCUGCAGGUCUUCGUCGGCGGCGAGUGGCGCGCCGUCAGGCCCCGGGAAGACGCCUUCGUCGUCAACAUCGGCGACACCUUCGCCGCGCUCGUCGACGGCCGCCACGCCAGCUGCCUCCACCGCGCCGUCGUCAAUGGCGCCGCCGCGCGCCGGUCGCUCACCUUCUUCCUCAACCCGCCGCUCGACCGCGUCGUCUCGCCGCCGCAGGGGCUGCUCGUUGCCAAGGAUGGCGGCGCCAUCAACCGGAAGUACCCAGGCUUCACGUGGCGCGAGUUCCUCGAGUUCACGCAGAAGCACUACCGCUCCGACACCAACACCAUGGAAGCCUUCGUCGAUUGGAUCAAGCAGGGCCGCCGCGGUGCUCAGUUCCAUGGAGACGCCGGCCAGGCUGAGAAGAAUUGA